AUGUCAGCAGGUAAAACAGCAAUUUAUCACUGGACUUUAGGCGAAAUUGCUUUGGCCCGAGUUUGUAAAAAAGUUUAUUCAAAUGUUCAAAUCGUGAAAAACGACGAUGGUUUGUUUUAUGAUAAAAAAGUUUUAGGUAUAUCUGGCAAUGAAGAUGGAUCAAUAACAGUCACAAAAGAGCUGUGCUACUAUGUAGAGACCUGUACCACUAAGAACAGGUUCUGGCUGCCGUACACCAGCCUGCACCUGGCGGAGAGGUCCAGGCCCUUCUAUGGACCUGCUCACAAAGCCCCCAAGAUCUCUCCACCGAAGACUCCUGCUGUUCCUAGAAAGAGAAAAAUAAAAGAAGAUUUAAUAGUACCUUUAAAUGUAAAAUUGUGUAAGAAGGAGCCAGAUCUCAACGCUACUUAUGAUGUUAUACAUACUCCUUUGAAACAAGGACGGCAUGAGAGUGCAUUUAAAGAGUUUGUACGCAGAGGCAAAGAAAACCUUUUUGACCAGUAUUUUGAGUACCUACAACUAGACAUAGAAAAUAAUAAGGACUGUUUGGAUUAUUUGAUAAAUGUUGAUGCUAGUACCGAGGAUAAAUUUGAGAUGGUGAUAAAGAAUAUAGUAUCGGAGAAAGAAAUAGAAAACUACCUGCAUCAGUGCUGGAGAUAUAAUUUUGUUCAUAAAUACUCACAGACGGAUAAUAAGGAUGCUUCUGAUAGUUCUAAUUCAUCAUCACCAGUAAAAGCGGUAAUAACUAUACACACUCCAUGGUGCCUCGUUUGUGGGAAGAAGGAGAAACUCCGGGAGUGCCCCAACUGCCCGUCCUCCUUCCACCUGGCCUGCAGAAGAGAGUGGCUUGUUACCAUCAUACAUCGUAAGAACCCGCCCAAGAAGACAGUGAAGCCGGUGACCCUGGUGGAGAAGAUAUUAUCCAGCACUCGCACCAUCUGCUCCGUGCGCAAGGAGAAGGAGAAUACUGAACUGUGUCCCAGCUGCAUGUGGGGGCCGAGGGUCGGCUACGACGACGUGGUGUGGCACAAGCUGGGCGCGUGCAGCUGGUGGCCGGCGCGCGUGCUGCUGCCGGGCGCCGCGCCCGCCUGUCUGCUGGCGCGGGGACACGACCACACGCACUGGCCGCUCAAGUACUACGGUACAUUAAACCACUCUUGGGGCGAAACGUCUCGCAUGACCCUGUUCCUGCCGUCUCACUCGCACAACACACCUAAAGACGAAAUGUUAGCCAAGGCUAUAUUAGACGCGUGCGAUGAUUAUAUCUCUGUAUAUCUCACUUAGGUUAACAGCCACCUACUAUGACCUCAUAAAGCUGUACAGUAGCGGUAUCUGGCUUCUGCUUCAUGUAUUCAUGAGCAUUUAUCUAUCAAAAGAGUUGAAUUCUUUAUCUUUAACUCAUAGCGUAGAUAAAUAUCCUUUCGUUUACACUUUGAAUCUUAAUACUGCCAUAUUUCAUUUGCAAAUGGUUUACGCAAAUGCAUGUUCAAUUUGUAAUUGUUUAUCGAGCAGCCGAUGAUGGAUCUUGACGGCAUGCAAUUGGGGAGGCCUAUGUCCAGCAGUGGACGAAUAUGGGCUGAUGAUGAAUCGCCCGACUAGUUUCGAAAUGCCUUGUCAGCUUACGAUAUAAAAAAAGCAGAGCGUUAUCCAAAAAUGCGUAAUUCGAAUACC